AUGAAGAAAAUGCGUAUUGAAGGAAGAGAUUUGGUCGAUCUCGUCCUCUCGUGGUCUCUUGAAGAAGUACUCAAUGUUGAUCUUUACAAACGACAGGUGGGGAAGAUUCCUCUUGAGUUCGAAUCAACCGUAGACUACUUCAAGUCGUUUCUUCCACCACUUAUCGAAGAAACUCAUGCCGCUUUACUCUCGAGUAUUAGGACAUUGGGGCGAGCACCAGUGGUUGAAAUAAGCUACAUCAUGCCAAUGGCCGAAUUCGAGCUUCCUAAUGACUUGUUCUAUAAAGUGCGUUUGAGUGGAUUGAGUACUGAUGAGCCUAGUACGCAAUUGAUACCAAAAGAUCUCAUCGUGUUGACAGAUAAAAGGCCGAAUCGUGUUGAUGGCUUCAACAUUUCCAGUGAGCCUUAUAUAGUUGCUAUGGUGUGCAAGGCUGAUCCGGACAGGCCUAAUGAUGUCAUUAUUUUGGCUUCGAAACCGCUUUUUCUUGAGGAUGUCCAAAGGAGCAAGAACGAGAAGAAAGCGAGCCUUUUUGGUAUUUACAUGACCAAUAUAACCACUAACGUUCGUAUCUGGAACUCAUUGCAUCUUGGUUUAAAAGGUGGGAACUUGGAUCUUAUCUCAAGAGUCCUUCAAAGAAACAGUGAGGAUGAAGGAGUUUGCAUUCCCUGUCGACUUGAAGAAAGUGACGGUCUUGUUCCUCAUCGUUUCUUGAAGCUGAAUCCUUCACAGGAAAAUGCAAUACUGAGUUGUUUGGAUGUUAGAAGAUGCCACCACGAGAAUACCAUCAAAAUGAUUUGGGGUCCACCAGGGACAGGGAAGACGAAGACAACGAGUGUAAUGUUGUUCACACUUCUUAAUGCAAAAUGUAGAACCUUAACUUGUACUCCAACGAAUGUUUCUGUUCUUGAAGUGGCGUCAAGAGUUGUGCAGCUAGUCUCUAGAUCUUUGACUAUUGGUAAAUAUGGUUUUGGAGAUGUACUUUUGUUUGGGAAUGGUGAGAGGAUGAAGAUCAAAGAUAGGAGAGAUCUUGUUGACUUCUUUAUUGAUGAGCGCGUUGAUAAGCUGUACCCAUGUUUUAUGCCUUUUUACGGGUGGAAAGCUACUAUUGACUCCAUGAUACGUUUACUCGAGGACCCGCAAGGUCAUUAUCAUCAAUACUUGGAGAAUCUGGAGCGGGUUAACAAUGUGAAAAGCAAAGACACUGAUUCAGUCUUCAAACGCAAAGGAAAUGACCACAAGAAGAAUCGAAACGAAAACAUAGCGGAACAAGUUGUUUCUGACUCUCGUGAUGAAGAAAAACGUCCUACAUCAUUUCAAGAAUAUCUACCAAAUAGAUUCAGCGACCUUAGGAGAGAUCUAGAGCUUGUUUUCUCAUGUUUAUGCACACAUUUGCCUACAACUUUGCUCUUAUCUCAAGCCGCAACAUGUAUGUAUGAAACUAUUGACCUUGUCAAAGAUGCUACAAUUUUAGCUGUACCAGAUGGUGUGAGUGGUGAAGUACUAAAAUCGGUCCUAGUUACUACAGGAAGUGACAGAUUCACCAGCGAACAAGUCACAGUAGAGGAUGAUUAUCUAAAGCUGUUAAGAUUGAUCCCUGAGAUUUUUACACUUCCAAGUAUGUCUAAUAGGCAUCUUAUUAAAGAACUCUGCUUUGGACACGCUUGCCUGCUUUUCUCUACAGCAUCAUGCUCUGCAAGGUUAUACACCGAAUUACCGAUACAGCUUCUUGUGAUAGAUGAAGCUGCUCAGUUAAAAGAAUGUGAAACAGCCAUUCCUCUGCUGCUUCCAGGAAUCCAACAUUCAAUUUUGAUUGGUGAUGAAAAGCAACUUCCUGCAAUGGUUGAAAGCCAGAUUGCUUUAGAGUCAGGAUUUGGGAGAAGUCUAUUCGAAAGAGUGUCCAUUCUUGGACAUAAGAAAUACUUGCUAAACAUCCAAUACCGGAUGCAUCGCUCGAUAAGUAUCUUCCCAAACAAAGAGUUCUAUGGAACGCAGAUUCAAGAUGCUCCUACGGUUAAACAAAGAAGCUACACCAAGCAAUAUCUUCCUGGAAAAAUGUAUGGACCCUACUCUUUCAUCAACAUACCAUAUGGAGAAGAACAAUAUGGGGAAGGACGUAGUCUGAAAAACAACGUUGAGGUUGCUGUGGUUUUGGAUAUAAUAGCCAACCUUCUCCAAGUUUCUGAGAGAACAAAGACACGCAUAAACGUUGGUGUGAUUUCCCCUUACAAGGCUCAAGUAUUUGCGAUUCAACAAAAGAUUCAGGAAACAUGCAGUGGUGAUGCAGGAGGACUCUUUUCCCUGAAAGUUCGUUCUGUUGAUGGGUUUCAAGGUGGUGAAGAGGAUAUUAUAAUAGUAUCAACUGUUAGGUCCAAUGGUAUUGGAAGGGUUGGGUUUCUUGCAGACCGCAGAAGAACAAAUGUAUUACUCACUCGAGCAAGGUUCUGCUUGUGGAUACUUGGCGAUGAGGCGACUUUGGUGAAUAGUAAGUCUUUGUGGAGAAAUCUCAUACAUGACGCAAAGGAACGUGACUGUUUCCAUAAUUCCGAAGAAGACAAGUCAUUAGCUCAGGCUAUUGCUAGUGCGAAAAUCGAAUUUCUGCAGCUUAAUAGGCCAUUGAACAAUUCAAAAUGGAAGGUUUGCUUCAGCGACGAGUUCAAAAAACAUUUGGAAGAAAUUAAGAGCCCGGAGAUUUACAGGAAGAUAAAGAGUUUCUUAGAAAGGAUAUUACAGGGUUGGUUUCCUGAAGAAGAGUCAGAGACAGACAAUCUAGUUUCUUCCUCGCAGCUGUUAAAACAAAGCAAGAUCGAUGAUGUUAUAAGACUCAUUUGGGCUGUAGACAUUCUUAAGCAGGAGUUUCACUUUGUCCAAGUUCUAAAGAUUUGGGAUGUUGUGACAUCAUCUGAUGCUCCUGAAGCUUUAAAACGUCUGGACUUGAACCAAAUGAAAUAUACAGAAGACGAGAUCGAAAAGUGCAGAGCCAGAUGUUUCAGAGGGGAUAUAAUUGUACCCUUGAGAUGGUCUGUUGAGCCUACAAAUGGUAACUCGGUGCUUUGUUCAAGCGACGUUAUGGAGACGUUUGGAUCACUCAACCUUGCGGGAGAAACAUUGUCUGCUGAACUAUCCAGUGACUCUCGGCAACUUCUGAAAGAUGAGAAAGAAGAGCAGGAAAUCGAAAUAGACAGUUUAAGCGAUCUUCUUACCUCCAAACUGUUUCUAUGA